CAAAUUUGAGAACUGCACAGAUUUAUGGUUUCACCAACCUUACAAAUGCUGUCAUACUCGUCCUGAUUUGAAAGUUAGAAUAAUCGCUCAAUAAACUUAUUGAAGAUUCAGCGCAUACUGGUCUCCAACUCUCCAUAUAUCUCACGUUGCCUGCAUAACAUGGUCCCAUCAAAACAGCAAUUCCUCCGUUGUUCAGAGAGAUUAAUUUUCUGUUUAGUCCAUUAAACGGCCAACACUUGUUAAUCUGCAAAACCAUAUGCAACCUGCCGGCAUCUCUCUGAGUUUCUUGUUACUUGUAGUACUGGAGACUAGCAACUUCCAAUCAUGUGUGGCAAGAGACACCAUCACUUCUAACAGUUUAUUGCCAGAUGAUGGCACAACUAUUAUAUCCGCUGGGAAAGGAUUUGAACUGGGCUUCUUCGAUCCUGAAGAUAACAUUAAUACUGGAAGAUACGUAGGCAUAUGGUAUUACAACUUGAGUCCAAGAACAGUUGUAUGGGUUGCCAACAGAGAUGCACCGUUACCAUAUGUACCUGGAAACUUUUCCAUAGGUGAAGAUGGCAAUCUCAAGUUGGUGGAUAAGAUGGGAACUUCAUAUUUCAAUACUACGCUUGAAAGAUCUAGUCCUGUUAACAGGAUCCUGAAGCUGCUGGAUUCUGGGAAUUUGGUACUGAUUGAUGGGAGCUCAGGAAAUAUCCUAUGGCAAAGCUUUGCCGAACCAACUGAUACUUUUCUUCCUGGCAUGACGAUGGAUGGAGGUUUGAAGUUGGUUUCCUGGAUGGAUAUUGGCAAUCCUGCAACUGGGAGCUUCACAUUUGAGCAAGAUCAAGAAAAUAGGCUGCCCAAGAUCAUGAAGGGAAAAACAGCACCGCACUGGAAAAGUGAUCAAUCAGGUUCCGUUGAACUGCCUUACUUUGUGGCCUUCUUCUUAUCGAAUUUUAGCCGUAGUGUUGAUCAGGCUACUUAUAAAUCUUCCAGUGCAUAUUCUUCAAAAAAUCCUGGUUCAGCAAAUACUAGCUUAAACUACUCGGAUGAACUAGAAUCUUAUGCAAAUACUAGGUUAUUGAUGAAUUCCUCUGGAGAGAUACAAUUUUACCGUUGGGAACAGGAUGGAUGGUCAUUGAUGUGGAAGGAGCCCCAUGAUGCGUGUAGUGUCUAUAACCCUUGUGGUAAUUAUGGUAGCUGUAAUCUCAAAAGUGGGGGUUUGAAUUGUGAUAUUCUGCCAGGAUUCAAGCCCGUCUUUCCUGAUGCUUGGAAAACUGGAGAUUUUAGUGGCGGUUGUGAAAGGAAGUUGGAUAUAUGCAAUAUGCCCUCCAAACCAGACACAUUCUUGAAUUUGAAGUUGAUGAAAGUGAGGAAACCGGACAUCCUAUAUGCUGCGGACAGGGAGGAUACGUGCAGACAGGAGUACUGUCUCAGCGGUUGUGCAUGCCAGGCAUACUAUUAUGCUGGAUUUGACAAUCGAAGUCGAAAUAAUGGUGAUGGCAUGGUUCGAAGUCUCGGCCGAGACCGAGACGACUCGGCCGAGUCGUCACCGUCUCGGCCCCUACCGAUACGAUACCGUGACGAAACGAUAGAGUAUGUUGAUGGUGGCCACAAUCUCUCAAUUCGUGUACCAGUUUCUGCUAUAGGUAAAGUUUUUUGCAUUACUUUGUUCUGUUUAGCAGAAGGGACAAGCUCAAAACGUGAAAAUCCACCAAUAUCAGGGAAUCGUGUCACUGUGAUUAUUGUUACCACAGUGAUUGCUGUAGUUUUACUUGCUGGCACCUUAACCUGCUCCUUUUACAGGAGGAUCAUAGCAAAAAGAAAAGAGACUGAAAAAAGCAUUCCAGGGAAUCCCAUGCCUUACUUGGACGACAGUGAAAGACAAGCUGCAGAAAUGGUUGAUGAGGAUGAUAAAUUCAUCGAUGUACCCUAUUUCAGUCUGGAAAGCAUACUAGCUGCUACAAAUAACUUCUCAGACACAAAUAAACUUGGAAGAGGAGGAUUUGGCCCAGUUUACAAGGGAAUCUUCCCUGAAGAAAAAGAAAUUGCAGUAAAGAGGUUGUCAAGCCACUCUGGUCAAGGCAUGGAGGAAUUUCGAAAUGAAGUUGUGUUGAUUGCUAAACUACAACAUCGGAACCUAGUUAGACUCUUGGGCUACUGCAUCAAGGGACCUGAAAAAAUUCUUCUGUAUGAAUACAUGCCAAAUAAAAGCUUAGACACCUUUAUAUUUGAUGAAGGACGCUGCAUCUUAUUGGACUGGAACAUGAGAUUCAACAUCAUUCUGGGAAUAGCACGGGGACUUCUUUAUCUUCACCAGGAUUCAAGGUUGAGGAUAAUUCACAGAGAUUUGAAAACAAGCAACAUUCUAUUAGAUGAAGAGAUGAAUCCCAAAAUUUCAGAUUUUGGCUUGGCAAGAAUAGUUCAAGGCAAAGAAACAGAAGCAAAUACAAUAAAAGUAGUUGGAACCUAUGGCUAUAUGUCUCCAGAGUAUGCAAUCGAAGGUUUAUUCUCAGUGAAGUCAGAUGUAUUUAGUUUUGGAGUAAUUAUACUUGAGAUUGUUAGUGGUAAGAGAAACACUUCCGGAUUUUAUCGGUCUGAAGAAGUCUUGAGUCUUUUAGGCUAUGCUUGGAGAUUGUGGCAAGAAAGGAAAGCAUUGGAUUUAGUAGACAAGAAGUUACUGGAAUCAUGCAAUGGAACAGAAGUCAUGAAGAGCAUAAACAUUGGUCUCUUAUGUGUACAAGAUGAUCCCAGUGAUCGUCCCACCAUGUCUAAUGUUCUUAUUAUGCUCAGUAGCGAAACAACUACUCUUCCAAGUCCGAAUCAACCAGCUUUUGUAGGAAGAAGACGCACUUCUAGUACAUCUGCAUCUUUGUCUAGUAAGGCAGAAACAAUCUCCAUCAACGAGAUGACUAUCUCUGCAGAAGACGGCCGAUGAAGGCGUUGAUUGUUUCAUUGUAUAGUCCAGAAAAAUGAAGUUGUACUAUCUCGAAGGCAUUCGCUGGCUUUGCUAUCUUGAGUCCGAUAGAGGAACUCCAAGCGCGUUUGUAUAGGUCACUACGUUACGAAAACAGAAUGUAAGGGAUAGAUUACUACGUAUAUAGUGUUUUCAAUGCCAUGUAUAGGAUCCACGAUAAUUUGUUCUAUAGU